AAAUAGUCUAUUUGACCGGUGGAUCUGUAGGUGAGAUAAGAACAUGAUUUCAAUAUCCAAAACGGAGUCAACGUGGAGUUGGAGGUAGAGAAGAGGGCAAAUGGGGAAGGGGAAGCGGGCUAUUCCGACGAUAGAUCUUUCAAAUUUCCCUGGAGAGUAUGGGAAACUCAGGGAAGCAUGCCAAGAGUGGGGAUGUUUCAGGGUGGUGAACCAUGGCAUCCCUCUGGACCUGAUGUGGGACAUGAAUAAGGUUGGGAGAUCUCUGCAGGACCUUCCCAUGGAAAUCAAGUGCCGGAAUACGGACGUGAUCCCCCGAAGCGGGUACGUGGCGUCCAGCCCCGACAAGCCUCUCUUUGAAUCUUUAGGCCUCUAUGACAUGGCCUCAUCCCAUUCUGUGCAGAUCUUCUGUUCUCAAUUGGAUGCCUCCCCUCACCAAAGGGAGAUCAUAGAGAAGUAUUGUCAAGCAAUUUAUGAGUUAACCAUGGGAAUAGGGGGAAAGCUAGCUGAAAGCCUGGGAUUGAAGAGUGAUUUCUGCAAAGAAUGGCCAUGCCUAUUCAGGAUAAACAAGUACAACUUCACCCUGGAAGCAGUAGGUUCAAUCGGAGCUCCAAUCCACGCGGAUCCCAGCUUCCUGACAAUACUUCAGCUGGAUGAAAAUGUUGGUGGUCUGGAGGUGAUGGAGAAGAACUCCGGUGCCUUUAUACCUGUCGAUCCCUUGCCUGGAACCCUUUUGAUCAAUCUCGGAGAUGUUGCCACGGCAUGGAGCAAUGGAAGGUUGUUCAAUGUGAAGCACAGGGUGCAGUGCAAGGAAGCAGCCAUUAGGGUGUCAAUUGCGACAUUCCUGUUGGGACCAAAGGAGGCAGCGGUGGAAGCACCGCCGGAGCUGGUAGAUGCAGAGCAUCCACGUCUUUAUGUACCUUUUACCUAUGAAGAGUACAGGGAGCUCCGGAGCUCCUCAAGGUGUGGAGCACUUGACCUUUUACGCAUCCAUUCCUGAGCCUGCAAAACCCCAAAAAAGGGACAAGGGAUGCCUGAGGAGUCGUCAUUCAAAUGGGAAGAAUUCUGUUUAAUUGAAAUUACGACAAUGUUGCUAUUCUAUUCAAAUUCUUACAAUUCUCUUUAAUUUUUUAGCAUUUUUGGGUACAGUUUGGAUAUGAGAUAUAUUUGAUAAUUAAAAAAUUUUCAGGUA